AUGUUUCUUAAAUCUUUACAAUCCGCUAAGGAAGAUCCAGAGUUGUCCGUAUCUGAAAACCUCGGGCCGGAAGAGAUCGCACGCGAGAUGCGUCUACGCUUCAUCUUUAAAAAAGCAGAAUUAUUUCCUCGAAUGAGAAGAACUGUUUACUUCUUUGUCCUCAAUACAUUCUGCUCUGGAAUUUAUCCCACACUCUCAUAUCAGGGUGGUCUGACUAUGAGCGUGCGCAGUACUAUACACAAAAUGCUAAGUUCUGACGUGUUGGAAAGGCAUGAAGGGGAUUUGCAGAGGAGGCUUGAUAGACUGCUUGGUCCCACUUCAACUCCGGAUGCAUUUUUUGAAGCCCUUGCAAUUGCUAUACAGCUUGGGUCAAAUGGAAGAUUGGAAAGUGAAAGAGAUAUUUUAGUUUGGCUUGCAGCUCAGAAGAUGUCAAUACUUGAAGCCCUAUUCGACUUAAAACUGCCCUCUAUUCAGGUCUUUCUUGAAAAUCUGGUCCACUGCACUCUUGACUUCCACCGGUGAGACCAUAACUCCUCUCUUGAAAUUAAGGCUAUUCUAAUAUAACAGACAGUCACGAGUACACUCUCAAAAACAGAUCCAUUAAUACUCCUAGAAUGCAGCCAGUGUAUAGAGCAGCCAGAACUCUUCUUACUGCGGAUCGACAACACCAUAUCUUCGCGGGAAACAAAACGCGGAGGAUAACUACUGCGUUAGAACUGGAUCAUAUUGAUAUGGUUGCUAUUUUGCUGAAGGAAGGCGUUGACACAAAUGCUUCCAUUAUAAUAGAAGGACGGCCCGUCACGCUACUGGCAAUUGCCAAUAGUAUUGAAACUUCUCGGUUGCUGAUAGAAGCGGGCGCUGAUUUGAAUGCGACUUUUCCAGCUUGGAGAGCGAGUGCCAAUUGGACAGCACUUAGCUGUGCCACGGAUGUACCGGGCUGCUCUAAGUUGGUUCGAUACUUGUUAUCCGUCGGUGCAGGCCCACCUUUGGCGACUCAAAACCUGGAGGCUCCAUCAUUAACUGAUACACAUGCCAAAGAAAGCCGGAAUAAAUUUCAAGAAUUAUACACAGGAGACUCCGAAGCAUUCUGGCUGCUUCGUCAAGCUGAUCUCAAAGUCGGGUUUCGGGUUAACCUUCGACCGGACGACAUUUCUCUUUCCGACGAGGAUCAUGUAAGAAAUUGCAUUGCUUGCGACGACGAAAACGUCAAACAAGGAUUCCCUGCUUUUGAAGGGUGGCACGAGAUGCUACUGUACAGUAUUGAGAAAAAUCUCCCCAAAUUGAUAGACCUAUUCCUGAAGACCCGAUUCAAUGUCAACGCUGAAAUUAGGAGUUUUUACGGCCAAUCGUUGAUUGAGGUAGCGCAUACUCUAGGUCGCCCUGAAUUGGUGUCCCAGCUGAUGCUCCAUGGUGUACGUGAGGUUAUCCGGGAACCUAUCCAAGACUCUAUCGAGGACCCUACUGUACUUUCAGUCAAGAAGGCCGUCGAGGAUGGUGAACUUUUCCAGAAUAUCCUCGAGGGAUCAAUGAAACUUGAGGAGCUACUUCGAGACAACUUAUUCCAUCAUGAAGGCCUAUGGAGCGUUUUGGAAGAACUUGUGAGAUUGGUCCUACACGAUCUGCCAUGGGAAAUAAUCACGAACGUAUCGCCGCAGUGUCAGCAAUUCGUGCUCAUAACGGCCAUCGAGUACGAUGAAAUGGAGUCUGCUGCAAAGUUGGUUCAGGAAGGAGUCGAAUUGAAGCUGCUCGAAGGCAAUCAGGCAGGGCAUUUUCCUGAGCAACAACGUACUAUAUUGCAACUUGUUUGCUUCAAGGCAAGCCUUGGUUGGGCAUGUGGCCAACUUGUCCAAACAAUGCUACAUUAUGGGGCUUUGCAACAUGAGCCUGAAACACACUGCUACAAAGGAUACGAGGCACUCCGGCUGUCAGUGGAUUAAGAAAAUCAUGAUUCCAGCAUUGAAAGCCAACUGGAGGUUGCUCAGAUCCUCUUGGAAGCUGGUGCGACUCCCAUCGCACCUCCCUCCCUAUCAAGUGACAGGAAAAUACAUAUACCAUCCACAGUCUAUACGCUACUUCACACAUGUGGAGACAAAUAUAUUACAGACGUCGUUAUGUUACAGUCCGUGUAUUAUGUACUUAAAACGAUGUUAUCAAAAGGAUCAGGCAUUGAUACAGUCACACAUGAAUGAGAACGUUACAUUGCUGAGACGGCCUUUCAUAUUGCCAUACGUGUUUCAUUUAGGUAAUAAUUACCUUACUUACUAAUAGACUUUAGGUUUAAACCUUAGUCUGUUCUCGCUUAUUCUAGAACGUUCGAUCACGUGAACCGAAACAUUCUAGUAUCCAUUUCUGUUUAUAAGCACUUCUAUUCUAUUUAUAAUCUAUAGAACCUCCUAGAAUCUAUCUCAGGAGUAUAUAUAGACCUUUACUGUCCUUAUAGUUAGAAAAAUCAAGUCAUUUUCACAAGUCAAAUUCUUACUCUUUUGAUUCCCGAUGUACCUAACAGUCAUCUGAGCAUCCUACUUCCACUGUCUUAUAUACACUCUGUAUAUAACCGAUACCUCUUACAAUACGUGUGAGCGAUUGGAACAAAUUUCCGGACACAUGGUUGGAAAUUGUAUCCCUAUUAAUAGAAUCAGGCGCUAACAUCAACGCACCAAGGGCAGAUGGCUGGACAGCCCUUCAAGCUGCUGUCAUAAACUUCAAUCCUAAUGAAAAGCUAAUAAGUUUCCUACUACAGAAAGGAGCAGAUGUAAAUGCCCCGGCUGGAAAAUCCGAGGGCAUAACCGCACUACAAGGAGCUGCAAUUGAAGGACAAAUCACCAUUGUCAAGCGACUUUUGGAACUUGGAGCGGACCCAAAUGCACCAGGCGCGGAAGAAGAGGGUAGGACAGCCUUGGAAGGUGCAUCAGAAACGGGACGUCUUGAUACAGUUGUUCUUCUGCUGAACAACGGAGCGAUACCGGCCAUGGAAGCAGUAUGGUAUGCGGAAAGAGAGGGUCACUUUGUGAUUGGGGAUAUUAUCAGGAAACAGCUUCCAGAGUUUCAUGAAUGAAUGGCUCGGACGGUUUAGGAAUGACAUUUUUCUCUAGCUGUUAGCUAUAUUCCAAUUCUAAAUGUUACGAAAUAUCCCCUCCUUUGAUACCAAGGAUUAUCACGUGCGUGUAGCCAAUUCCUCUACUACAUCACACUACUGACUGUAAUGACCUACCAUUAUAUAAUCCUAAAUAUUUAAAUCCUGAAUAGGGUAAGAAUCUAACUCCCUUAUCCACCAUAUAUACCUACCCUAUCUAUCCCUUCCAAACAGGAAAGUAACCAAGAAAACGUGCACUUAAAGUAGAGUAAAAGUGUCCAUUUUUAUAACAUCCCCCCGUAGAACAAAGUUGUUUGGCUAAUUGGAUCGUAUUUCCAACCAUUUAAGCCGUAGCAGGACCUAGUUACCGCAACCACUUCGAGUGUACGUUUUUUGGUUCCUCUCAAGUCUGGAAGAGAUAUACACUCCCUCCCUACCUCUUCUCUCUCUCUCCUAUCUCUCUUUCCUAACCUAACCUCUCUCCUCUACCGCAAAAAACAGUUUAACUUUCAAGCUGUGAAGCCUUAUUACCUAUACCCCAGAAUCAAGAAUAUAGAUUAUAGAUACUUUACUAUUACUAAUUAUUGUAACUCGUAGAAAAUAAAAACACAAAAAUACAAAAAUG